AAUUUUUAACUUCAGCCACUUGUUAGGAGCAGCAGUGAAAACAGAUCCACAUAUGUGUACACUAUCAGUCUCUCCAUAGGCGUGUUACUUUUCCUCUGUUGAUUUUGGCUACAGGAAAGGAGAGGAGAGGAAAGGAGAGGGGGGUCACUCUGACAUCCUGCCAAGCAGUUGGGGGAAGCACCAGAGCACGAAACCAGACCCCUACUAGACAAAUCGAGGCAGAUCGUCAUGCACACAGCAGCCAGAAAGAAGGAGGGAUCAUCCACAAGCUGUCCCUCAAACGUCUCGCGCUGGAGAGAAAAACAGGAUGUGUAUUUGAUCGAACCCUGAGCGCGCGCUCUGAUUUUCCUCUUCUCCAACUUCAAGGACGCACGUUUAUUUACUGCCAUGAAUCCGGCUGAGCAAACGGUUACGUGGCUUAUCGCGCUCGGUGUGCUGGAGUCGCCAAAAAAGCGCGUGUCGAAUCCCGAGAGCUUCCUGCAGAGCUCGCUGAGGGAUGGUGUGGUGCUGUGUAGGCUGCUUGAGAGACUGCGCCCCGGCUCGCUCCUCACGGUCUUUCCGGAACCGAGGAGCGACGGCGAGUGUUUGAGCAACAUCAGGGAGUUCCUCACAGCCUGCGCGGCAUACCGAGUGGAGACAUUCGAGGCUGAUGACCUGUUUCAGGGCCAGAACUUCCCCAAGGUGCUGAAUUCCUUGGUUGCUCUCAACAACGCAACAGCAGAUACUGGAUCUGGCAGUGACUCCAUAUGUGUUCAACACUCCUCUCUGCGAAUCAAGUCCUUUGACUCCCUGAACUGUCAGCCUUCCCGCAGGAGAUCAUCCAAACGAGUGCACAGUCAGUACUGCAGUCUGGACAUGUCUGAGAACAGUUCAGCUCAGCUGUUAGUGAAGGCGCGGUUUAAUUUCCAGCAGACGAAUGAGGACGAAUUAUGCUUCAACAAGGGUGACCUCAUCCAGGUGACUCGGCAGGAGGAGGGAGGCUGGUGGGAAGGCACACUCAAUGGCAAGACUGGCUGGUUUCCUAGCAACUACGUCAAAGAGAUCAAAGGAAGUGACAAGCCCAUCUCCCCCAAGCCCGGGACGCUGAAGAGUCCUCCCAAAGCGUUCGAGUCCUGCACUGUUACCAAGACCUACUAUAACCUGGUGAUCCAGAAUAUUGUGCAGACAGAAACAGAAUAUGGCAAAGAGCUCCAAACGCUGCUUUCGACAUAUUUGAGACUACUGCAGCCCACAGACAGACUGUCCGUGACUGAUAUCGCUCACAUUCUGGGCAAUCUAGAAGAGAUCAGCUCCUUCCAGCAGACACUGGUCCAGUCACUUGAGGAAUGCACCAAAUUUCCAGAGAGCCAGCAGAGGAUCGGGAGCUUCUUCCUGUCCCUCAUGCCCCAAAUGAAGAGCCUUUAUGUAGCUUACUGCUCCAACCACCCUUCUGCUGUCGAUGUCCUUACGCAACACAGUGAGGAGCUGGGUGAGUUUAUGGAGAGUAAAGGUGCGAGCUGUCCUGGGAUUCUCACCCUCACUACCAACCUGAGUAAACCCUUCAUGAGACUGGACAAAUACCCCACACUACUCAAAGAGAUGGAGAGACACAUGGAGGAUUUUCACCCGGACCGCCCAGACAUUCAGAAAAGCUUGGCUGCUUUCAAGAGUCUUUCUACGCAGUGUCAGGAGGUGAGGAAGCGGAAGGAGCUGGAGCUGCAGAUUCUGACUGAGCCAGUGCGUGGUUGGGAAGGGGAGGGCAUUAAGACCCUGGGCACGGUCAUCUACAUGUCUCAGGUCCUCAUGCAGAACCACGGCAGCGAGGAGAAGAAUGAACGUUAUCUCCUGCUCUUCCCCCACGUGCUGCUGGUGCUUUCUGCCAGCCCUCGAAUGAGCUGCUUUAUCUACCAGGGCAAACUUCCUCUAACGGGGAUGACUGUUAUCAGGAGUGAAGAAACAAGAAAUGCUUUUGAAAUAUCUGGGAGUAUGAUUGACAGAAUCCAGGUGAUCUGCAAUAACCCUCAGGAUUUACAGGAGUGGGUGGAGCACCUUCACCGCCAGACCAAACGCACAUCAGCCAGCAUUUCUGGUUUAAAACCAUGCCAUACGCUCCCCUCUCACCCGCCCACCCCUUCGAGACACUCUGAGAGCCGGGGAGCCUAUCACACCCUCCCUCACCCCUCCUCCCACUGCACCCCACACAGCACCAUGAUGUGGGGACCCUUGGAGCCGCCAAAAACCCAGAAACCAUGGAGCCUGAGCUGCCUCCGACCAGCACCACCACUAAAAGCAUCAGCGGCUCUUUGUUAUAAAGAGGAUCUCAGCAAAAGCCCCAAGAGCAUGAAGAAGCUUCUGCACAAACGCAAAGAAAGGAAGCCCUCAGAUGAAGAGUUUUCUAUGAGGAAAAGCACUGCAGCCCUGGAGGAGGAUGCACAGAUCCUGAAAGUAAUAGAGGCGUAUUGCACAAGUGCCAAGACAAGACAAACACUCAACUCAACAUGGCAGGGCACCGAUUUGAUGCAUAACCACGUGCUGGCUGAUGUCGGCCAGUCGUGCGUGGAGGCUGCCGGUUGCCGUGCCAGUGUGUUGCGGCUGGAACUGUCGUCUGACCAAUCAGAAGACUCGGAUUAUGACAGUAUAUGGACAACCCAUAGUUACAGGAUGGGUUCCACCUCUCGUUCAAGGAAGGAUUCGGGGCUGCAUAUGCUUUUCCCUGAAGAGGAGAAGAUAAUUGUAGAAGAAAUAAAGAGCAAUGGUCAGACAGUGAUUGAGGAGAGGAGUUUGGUGGACACGGUUUAUGCACUGAGGGAUGAAGUUCAGGAACUCAAGCAGGAUAAUAAGAGGAUGAAGAGCAGUUUGGAGGAAGAGCAGAAAGCAAGGAAAGAGUUGGAGAAGAUCGUCCGGAGAGUAUUAAAGAACAUGAAUGAUCCUUCGUGGGAUGAAACAAAUCUGUAAAGUUUGGUGAAGAUUGUUAUGCAUGUGGUCCAUGCCGGCACGGACAGAGGAUUUAAAAAACAAACAAAAAACCCCACUGUAAAACUGAGAACAGUAUGAUGCAGCUGAAGAACUAGGCAUAACUAUGGACCAAGAAAGCUUUUUUCGGCUGAGUAUAGAGGUGAAGGUAAUGGAGAUGCUAACAGGCUGGAACGGAUCCAGUCGCUGAGUCCAAGGCUCUUUAUGUUUGCCAGUGCCAAAUUUCCUGGUCUUUGCCAAAUAGCCUCUGAACUGCAAGAAUAAAUCAAGGAACACAAAGUAAAAUAAGUGGCCAAAUACAGCUUAUAGGUUUGCCUUAAUUUUUUUAAUGAUUUAAGAAAAAUAUACUAAUAUAUAAUUAAAUACGAGUUACCUUGUCUUAGUAAAAAGUUUCCUAUUCACUGCUGUCAUUGCCAUCACAUCCUUUGUGUACUUCCACUGACAGCAUGAACCAGCAUGCACCAUUUUUGCAAAUAAUCAGAUGUCACAUGGUUCACAGUUUAACAGCAAACUGGGAGUCUCAGGGAGUCCUUGAAUAAAGAAAAAUCUUUCCGUCAGGAUCUUCUUAGUAAUCUGUAGCAACACUGUGAAAAAGCAGGUGCAUUUCCAACAAGAAAACGGCAGGUACAGUACUGUAAACAUUCAGAGGAAACUGAAUUUUUCUAAAACGUUCCUUUUUUUUUCCCCCCCUCUGGUCAGCUUAUACUCUGUAGGACCAGCCAAGCAUUGAAAUUUUUUUUUUAAACUGUUGAAGGUAAUAUUUUUAAUUGAUUGUGUUUCUGCUAAUGGAUUUGUACAAAAAAGGAAAAAAAAAAGUUGGGCUGCAUUUCAAAAGUGAAGAUGCCCCCCCCCCCCCCCCCCUUUUUUUCUUUUUUUUCAAAACUUGCUUGCCAUUUUUUCCCCCCCUGCAAUUUAAAAACGAGUACAUAUGCAAAAGACGUUUGGAAUAUGCAGCACGAUUAACUGACAACUCAACAUUCUUCCAUGUCGUCUGUCUAAUUUAUGUAUUUAAAUGAAAUGAGAACGUCUACUGCAAACAUUGUUGGUUCUGUUCCAUUGUCUAAAUCCCAUUUUCACCAGGAAUGUUUCUAUUAAUUGCUUCCUAAUAUACUUACUUUCUUGGCUUCUCCUAAAUUUUUAUUCGUUUUGUUCAACUCUUUCUAUGACUUCUUUAAUCUAUAUGAUAAAUUAUGGGAAUUUAAAUAAAACGUUGCUUAUUUAUCCUUUAAAA